AUGCUCGUUUUUAUGCUCUUCACCACUCUCGCAGCCACAGUGCUGGCUGAGUUGGAGCUGCAGUCUAGCUACAUAGACAGCAACACUGCGGGAAAGGUUGUGGGAGGUGACGAAGUGCCUAAACACAGCUCCUGGCCUUGGCAGGUUUCUCUCCAGUACUUCUCAGAUGGGUCCUAUCACCAUUUCUGUGGAGGAACACUGAUCAGCAGAGGAUGGGUUAUGACCGCCGCUCACUGUGCAUUAAGUUACAGCUCUUUGCGUGCUGUCCUUGGUGCUCUUAUCCUACACCAGAACUACUGGACAGAGCAACACAGGAAUGUCGUUGGCGUUUAUGUCCAUCCUGAAUGGAACAGUAACAGCAUCUCCUCUGGUAAUGACAUUGCACUGUUGCGGCUGUCGUCUGAGAUCUCCCUGAACUCUUACGUGAGGCCGGUUUCUCUGCCUCCUUUCGGUGAGAUCCUGCCCCACAACAACUACUGCUACAUCACGGGAUAUGGACGUAUCUCCACUGGUGGAAGCAUGUCUGCCAGGAUGAGACAGGCCUACCUUCCUUCUGUUGACCACCAGACCUGCACCAGCUCUGGCUGGUGGGGCAGCACCGUCAAGACCAGCAUGAUCUGUGCCGGAGGAGGUGCUCAGUCAGGAUGCAAUGGUGACUUUGGUGGCCCUCUUAGCUGCAUUGUUAACAGCAAUUGGUAUGUCCAUGGUAUAGCCAGCUUUGUGUCUGGUAUGGGAUGCAACACUCCACAGAAGCCCACUGUCUUCACCCGUGUUUCUGCCUACAUAACAUGGAUUAACUCGGUCAGUAAUGCUAACCUACUGUAA